CAGUGCAAUAAAGAAACUCUAAUUAUCUGAAAUGGCAAUUACUACUGAACCAGUAUCUGCUGAGGUGGGAGAAAUGGUGACUAUUCUUAGUAUUGACGGAGGUGGUAUUAAAGGAAUCAUUCCUGGUACCAUUCUUGCUUUCCUGGAAGGCCAGCUCCAGGAAUUGGACGGUAAAGAUGUGCGUCUUGCAGAUUACUUUGAUGUGAUUGCAGGAACAAGUACAGGUGGCAUAGUGACAACUAUGUUAAGUGCUCCUAAUGAAAUUAAUCGUCCCUUCGCUGCUGCCAAAGAUAUUGUGCCCUUUUACUUCGACCAUGGCCCUAAGAUUUUCUCACCAGCACAGGGCAUAUGGUUCGGUCCAAAAUAUGAUGGAAAAUAUCUCCACCAAGUUCUGCAAGAUAAGUUGGGAGAGACUCGUUUGCAUCAAACUUUAACAGAUGUUGUCAUUCCAACCUUUGACAUCACCAAGUUUCAACCAACAAUAUUCACCAAGUCGGAGAUAGCAAAAUCACCUUAUCUGGAUGCUAAGAUGUCUGACAUAUGCAUCGGUACCUCGGCAGCUCCAGUUUUAUUUCCUGCAUAUUACUUUGAGAAUGAUGAUGGUAAAGGAAAUAAGUAUGAAUUCAAUCUGAUUGAUGGCGGUACUGUUGCUGGCGAUCCGGCCUUAGUUGCACUUAAGACGGUAACCAAACGGGCAGCAGAAAUGGAUCCAAAAUACAGUUUUGUGAAGCCAAUGAACGUGAAACAAAUUCUGCUACUCUCAUUAGGUACUGGGAAUAGUUCAGAUUUUAAUAAGAGAUACACAGCAGAUGAGGCAGCUAAAUGGGGUCCUAAAAAUUAUGGCUGGCUGAUUCAGGGUGAUGGUUCAAGCCCUCUCCUUGAAAUUAUGAAUGUAGCAAGUGGUUACAUGAAUGAUUAUUACCUUGGCACCAUGUUUGUUGCUCUUGGUGCUGCAAAAAAUUACCUCAGGAUUGAAGUAAGCUCAUCUCCCUUAAGUUGUAGUUCAUGUGAUUUUAAUAUUUUUGACACAGAAACUGCAUUAGACAAAGAAAUCGCCGCAGAUGAUGCUUCAGAGGCCAAUAUGAACAAACUGAUACAAGCUGGUGAAAAGUUGUUAAAGAAACCAGUUUCCAAAGAGAAUGAUGAAACCAAUGAGGAAGCUCUAAAAAGGUUUGCAAAAUUACUCUCAGAAAGAAAGAAAGCCCGAGCAAUCAAAGCCCUCUAAAUAAUUCAAGCUAAAACCUUGGAUUUUAUUAGUACUUAAAUAAAUGAUAUGCCAAAGAAUAAGCACUUGUAAGGGUUGUGUUUGCCCAUCAAGUCUUGUGCUGUUUUAGAACUAUUGUUAUGUUUUUCAGUAUCAAAUGUAAAAAGAAGAGAGUGAAAAAUUUCAUUAGAAAUAUCCCUCUAUGUAACCCUUUGGUUAUGUAAAAUAAAUAAAUUAUCCUUCUAAGCAUUUAUGCUAUAGAUGUCUUGAUCAUGACAGUCUGAAUUUUAAUAACAUGCAACGCCAUUACUUUGA